UACAAGAUUACGGAACUAGGCGGAAGCCCUUUGUCGCAAAAAAAUGACCCUGAUGAUGGAACACACGGAUUGUCGCCCUUGUCAGCAUCGUCCAUGGCUUUCACUGUAUGGGACUCGCUUGCCAGUUCCUUCAACAGUGCCUCAUGAGACUCUCGAGCUGGCGCCAAUCCAGCAAGCUAUCCCAAACGAGCUUAUGGCAAUUGUGUUCAGCUAUCUUGAUCCCUACUCUCUUGGCAAGGCUGCCGUGGUCUGCCGUCAAUGGAGAAUCUUACACGAGCAUCCACGUUUGUGGGAGCGGGCGUGCCACGACGCUUUCCACCUGGCGAUACCCGAAAAGGCAGCCCUGCACAAGCUUAUGGUCACGCAAUACAGGUUCUCCUGGAAGCGCAUGUUCGUACACCACCCGCACCUUCGCUUCGAUGGGCUCUACGCAUCCCGGAACACCUACGUGCGCACGGGUGUUGUGGAGUUCACCAACCACCGGCCCGUGCACCUGGUCACCUACUUCCGAUACUACAGAUUCUUGCCCAACGGCACCUUCCUCUACCGCACGAGUCCGCUGGUGAUCAGCAAGGUUGCCAGGUCCAUGGCAAUACCAGCGGGAGUAGCAGCAGCAAGCGGUGCCUCGGGAGCAGGGGCAGCAGCAGCAGCAGGCGGGGGCGGCGCCGCGGGAGGUUCGGGAGCAGAGGCAGCAGCAGCAGCGGGUGGGGGCUCCGAAGGUUCGGCAGGCGGGGGGCCCGGGGGCUCAGCAGCAGCCUAUUGGGCCGCCCCCCGCCUGCCGCGAGGGGUGGCUGGUCCGGCAGGAGCGGCGGCGGCAGCAAGCGAGCGAGGUGCCGUACUUUGCGGGCGUUACAUUGUCAAGGGCUCCCAAGUGCACUGCGCGCUGCGCUAUCCAAACAGCGGCGGCACGGAGCUGCGCUGCCGCCUGGCGCUGCGCUGCUCGCGGCCGGGGGCGCACGACCGGUUGGACAUUGAGGCCAUUGCCACGUAUGACAGAGAGCUGGGGGUGCUGGGGGGGCAGCAGCGGGGUGGUGAUGACGACGGUGAACCCGAUGCGCCGCUGCCCGAGUCGGCCCGGGCGCAUAAACGCGGCAUGGCUCCGUGUGUGUUCGUGCCUUGGGAGCAAGUGCUCAGCUCGCCGCUCAACCUGCCUGCCAGCCAGAUGGAUUUCAUGAUAGCAUAGCCUGGUGCAGCUGUAGCAGCAGGAGGGGGGUCAAGUAGACCAAACCAUGAAGAAUGGAGACCAACAGGAAGGAGGGAAGGAAGAG